GAGACAAGGGAGGACGAGGAGGAGGAGGGGAGGAAGGAGGUGGGGAAAGACCUGCUCUGAUUGCCAGGCUCGGCAGCAGCCUUGGCUGCAGGAGCCGCUCACCCAACUUGACGGACCCCCGUCUCACCACCUGAGCCCAGCGGCUGCUGAGCUGAGCCCCUCUUGUCUCCAGGCAGCGUGAGUACCCGGGGAUCCCGCAGUCCCCCGGCACUAUUGGAGGGAUUGGCGGCCGUGGCAGGGAAGGAGGGCAGCAGGGGCGGUGGUUUCCCCUGCACAGUGGGUGAGAUGGGGAAAGAAUGGAGCUGGGGAGGGCAUGGGCGUGCUGGGUGAGGGAGGAAGGAGCUAAGAUGGCCAGGCAGCGGGGGCAGAGCAGGCCGGCAGUGGGGCCGCCGGGGCAAGGGAUGCCGUGCGCUGGGAGGGGGCUAUCCCUGUGGGGGCUGGCAAAGAAGGCAUCCCUGGCAGCAGGCAGAGCAUUGAAGGUGGGGACCCCCCUGGCUCUGCUAGGACAAGCCAAGCUGAGCCGGUGGGGCUGGGCCCUCUGUUUGGCUAAAAGCACAGGGGCUGGAUGAGGAGGGGCACGGGUUCAUGGGGAUGGUGUGGACGCCCCAUGAGCCACACAGCUCCAGCAGGGCUUGCUGCUAGCUUGGGUUUCUCUCACCCCUCUUUUCUGCAGGCAGCUGCAGGCAGCCCGCACCGGCCCUGUAGGGAGGCUCAGUGGGCCCCGAAUGUCUCUGGGAUGCCCCAAGUGUUGCUUUGCUAACUCAGAGCCUGGGUGCGGUCCCAAGUGCUUCCUCCACCACUGCCAGUAGACUUUGCUGGGUGAGCCUUUCCCCGGCUGGGAUGGCCACCGCACUGUGACGGCAGAGGAUGCUGUCGCGGUGCAGCCGGCAGGCUGUCCCCGCACUGAGGCCGGCUGGCAUGGCACACUGCAGGCUCUGAGAUGGGCCUGGGGGCAGGCCGCCGGCCCACCAUGCUGCUGGGCCCCUGGCUGGUGACAGUGGUGGCGGUGGUGACGGCGGGCGCCGGUGCAGGCUGCCCGGUGCUGUGUACGUGCCGCGGGCAGGCGGUGGACUGCAGCGGGCAGCGGCUCUUCUCGGUGCCCGCCGAGCUGCCCUUGGACACCGGCAACCUCAGCCUGGCCCACAACCGCAUCGCCAGCAUCCCGCUGGGCUACCUGGCCUGCUACGCCCAGCUGCGCGUCCUCGACCUGCGCAACAACUCGCUGGCCGCACUGCCCGCCAGGCUGUUCCUGGGCGCCCGCCGCCUCACCCACCUGGACCUCAGCUACAACAACUUCAGCCUGGUGACGGCCGACAUGUUCCUGGAGGCCAGCGAGCUGCUGCGCCUCGACCUCAGCCACAACCCCUGGCUGUGCACGGUGCACCCCAGGGCCUUCCGCGGGCUGGCGCAGCUGCGGGAGCUGGACCUCAGCUACGGGGGGCUGUCGGCCCUCAGCCUGGACGCGCUGGAGGGGCUGACGGGGUUGGUGACCCUCCGGAUCGGCGGCAACCCCUGGGUGUGCGGCUGCGCGAUGGAGCCCUUCCUCAAGUGGCUGAAGAGCCGCAUCCAGCUCUGCAUGUCAGAUUCGCAGCUGGCCAAGUGCCAGGCUCCCCCCGAGGUGAAGGAGGUGCCCCUCUUCUCUCUGACGGAGGAGAGCUUCAAGGCGUGCCACCUCACCCUGACCCUGGAUGACUAUCUCUUCAUCGCCUUUGUGGGCUUCGUGGUCUCCAUCGCGUCGGUGGCCACCAACUUCCUGCUGGGCAUCACAGCCAACUGCUGUCAUCGCUGGAGCAAAGCCAGCGAGGACGAGGAGGUUUAGGUAUGGCCGGGGAGGCUGGGACAGGGGCUCACCCCUCUGCCCCCAGCCAACCCAGCCUCCCCUGCUCCCCGCCCCAGCCCCACUAUGUGGCGGGGACACUGUGCCUUGUCCUUGUCCCCUCCCACUGUCCCCUGUGCCUGGUUGUUGUGGGGAGACAGGGGAACAAUUCCUCUUCUUUUGCCCCAAAAUGGGGGACUUUCACUCUGGCUGGUGCCCCCCAGGACCACUGUCACCGCCAUGAAGCUGAGCUGAGCUUGAAGCCCCAGCUGCUGGGACAGUGGGCAGCAGGGGGGUGCAGGGGAGACCCCAGACCAGGAGCUCGGGGAGACAGAGCAGGGUCUGCAGCCGGAGCAAACCCCAUGUGAGAAAGAACCCCAAAAGCAGCACGUGCCUUGGGGGAUACUGAUGCCCACUGCCUGGGGAGAAAACCACGGAAAUCGCCGCUUUCAGCCCAAAAACAGCACUGGUAGAGCAAGAGCCAGCAGCCUCCUGUUCCCCAAAUCCAGCUUGUUCUCUGCAGCUAAGGGCCAAGCCCAGGACAUGGCGCUCAUUGGGGACAGCCCCAGGUGCUGGUGACACUUGCCACAACUUGGACAUGCAGACAGCACCAGAGCCACAAGCGUUGAAGCCCCGCAAGCAUCUCCUUUUACCAGCCACUUCUGCUCCUUCCCCUUCUCCUCUCAAGCUUUGUGCAGGUUUUGGGCCAUACCUGGCACCCAGCCUGGUCAGACAGCUUGGGGAGCCAUUGUUGGGAGGCAAAAGGAACUCCAAAGAAAUGAAAAAAAAAGAAGAAAAACCCACAAAGCUACUGGCCUCUCUGUCCAAGCAGGAUGGCCACUGCUCUCGUGUGUGUUUUACGCUGUCUUCAUGGCCAUCCCUGCAGAGCGUAGGGCUGAAGACUGACACUUCCACUCCAGCUGUAAAACUCCCGCAGUCACGUAGCACUUUGCUGCCAAGAUAUGUUUGCUCCCAUCCUUGCCCUCUGGGGGACUCUGCUUGGGACAGCCCCCCCACCCCACCCCUUACACCCUCCCUGGAGCCAUUCCUCCUGCCAGACACAUCUCAAGGAGGGGCUUCCCGUGAACUGUUCAGUUUUCUCACUGUGUUUCCCGUGCGUGUAGCUGGAGUGUAGAUGUGCCAUUUAUAAACAAACCGACCAAAACAAAACCAAAACAAAACCACAAGAAAAAUGGGGAAAAAUAAGGCAACUUCUGGCUUGGUGACCCCAUUCCCAUGCUGAACCGGGAGCCCUGACUGCAGCGUGGAGAGAAGGCUGGGUGCACAUCACAGCAAUUCCUGUGCCAUGGAUCCAUGGCGAGACUGAACCUCUGGCAAUGCUGUAGCUCCAGGCUGCACCCCACAAACCCCAUGCCUGUAGGAGAGUAGAACCCUGCCGUGUUGUUUCCUGGGAUAGGGGCACUUGGAAUCCCUUUUUUCCUUCUUUUCUUUCUUUUUGCUAAGUCUUCUCUCUCCCUGCCAAAGCAGCCUCUGAAGACCAUGGACAAAACGUGCAUUUCCUCCAGCAGUUCCAGACCCCACUUCUGGGCGAUAGAGGAGAAAGUGUAAAUGCUAAGCUCCCAAUAUCCAUGAAUUCAACCAGACCCAUUUUCUGCCUUUCUGAAGCAAAAGGGCCUACCUUCACACUUCGCCUUCCUGCACGGUGGGCAGGGGACCGAGGAUGUUGAUGAUCUGCCACUUCUGUCCAACAGCAGUCGGUGCUGGUGCAUGACCCUGGGUGCUGGGUCCCCACACCACUGUCCCUGUGUCAUGGCCAUGUCCUGUCCUGCAGCCUGGGGAUUGCAGGGCGUGGGGGCCUCCUCUUGUCCUCUUUGUCCUUCAUAUUUUUCCCUUCCAUUCCCUCUUCCCUUCCCUUCUCUCUUUUCUUCUCCUCUUUCUAUCCCUCUCUCUUUCCUCCUUUUCCCUCUCCUCUCCCCUUCCCCACGCUAUGCCAAGCACUGCCAGACGGGGAAGGAGAGGGGGGAAAUGCCGAGUUUGAGUCCCCCGGACUUUGUACAGAGCACAUUUUAUAAACGUGUACUUUUGUAACAGUGAGCACUUUUUCAGAGCUGAUCCUCAACAAUAAAGAGCAC